CUCUUUUCGAAGAAACAAGCCAGGGUUGCGGUGCUGCGUCUAAAAUCUAAAUCCAGUCUUGCCAGCUGUCAACACACGCUUGAUAACCAUUUAACCCUUCUGUUGACGCUUUGCAUUUUUGAAAACAUCCUCUUCCGGACGGACUUAUCAUUUCCCUACAGCGCUUGCAAGGACGAUACUGCGUGCUUGAUAAAAAUGGCACCAACCUUGGGAUACUGGAAUAUUCGCGGUGUUAGCGCGCCGAUCCGCUAUCUCCUGGAAUACGUCGGACAACCCUACGAAUUUAAGGGCUACGACCUGUCCAAUGCGCAAGAAUGGUUCGGAGUAAAGGAAACUCUGGGAUUCGAAUUUCCCAACUUGCCCUACCUGAUUGACGGGGAUUUCAAGCUGACGCAGGGCAAUGCCAUUAUUCGCUAUUUCGCCCGCAAGCACAAUCUCAUUGCCACCAGUGAAAAAGACAUUAUCGAGCAGGAUGUCAUGGACGGUGUCAUCACCGAGUUCCUCAUGGCGUGGGUGACUGUCACGUACGCGACACCCGGCAAGGAAGAGGACCUGAAGCGCUACCGCACCGAGAAUCUGACACCGAUGCUGCAGCGUUUCGAGAAGCAUCUUAACAACCGCGAGUAUUUGGUCGGGAAUAAGCUGACGUAUGCGGAUUUCCAGUUUUUCGAACGACUGGAUGCCAAUAUUAUUAUGUUUCCGGACUUGCUGAAGGAUUUUCCCAAUUUAAAGAAAUUCCAUGAUCGUAUUGCGAAUUUGAAAGGCGUGAAGGAAUUCCGCGCCUCGGAUCGCCUGCCGAAAUCCUUGAAUGCCGGACCCAAGGCCAAAUGGAAUAACGUUUAAAUGGUUCAAUGGUUAUACGUCAUUUUUUUCCUUGCCACAAAAUAUGACGAAAAUGUCUUUUUGGCCGUAAUUCACGCUAUUUAAUUGGUUUGAUACAUCGUUUCUUAUUAUUACUGGAAGUAUUUUUUACAUGUUUAUUCACUAACGUCAUGGCGUUUAACUGCGUUGAUAGAAUUUGGUUUUUUAUUUACUUGCGUUAUUCCUGCCCAGAGCUGUGUUAACCGGGAAAUCAAUACUUCGAAAUGCCUUUUAAAAAGGAAAUAAAAAGACAAUUUCUAUCAGUA